AUGGAUUAUAGGCUGGCGGAUGAUACGAUGGAGCAUAUCAUACUCUUACUACUGCGUUUGGCGGUGGACAGCUCCUUGACGGCAGAUCCCACGGUUUAUUCAGAGCUGCAGUGCGUCAUUGAAUUGGUUUUGGACCCGCGCUCCUUCGAGGGAACCGAUCCCAAAGAAGCAAUACACCGAGUCUGUUCCACGUUCUACGAGACAGUUGACGACGUCUGCCUUCAGAGCCGAAUCGCCGGUCAUAUAAUACCCUCGUCUCCUUGGCUCGCGGAGGUACGGUGUCGGCUGGCCGUCUCAUUCUUGCUCGAGGAUCCAAGCCCUCUGCAUGAGCCGCCUCAGACAUUGCUUGAUCUGAACCGCAUUACAGAACUACUGGCCCGCGAUCGACGCUUCCAGGUGAAACGCUUCCAAGGGAAAGCUGACUAUGACUGGAGAGAACUCAUCGCCCUCACCGCUCUCCUCAACAUUGCGAUCGAUGUUUCGGCCUGGGAACUCAAUUACCGAGGGGACCGUACAGAGGACGAUUUUAAUGCCGAUAUCGACAAGCUGGCAAGUCAGCUGAAAACGAUGUACUGUUCCAUUCAGGUUUCAGGUGCUUCCCAUAUGACCCUCACACUGGCGAAGGGUGACCUGGAGGCUUUGCACUAUCGGAUUCUAUAUUCGAUUCGAUCAAAACCGCCACCCAAGAAGACUUUGUUUGAGUCCCAUGUGAAUGACAAUCAGGACAUCCGGAGAAUGCUGAGCAAAUAUUCUACGAGGGGUGACGGGAAUACGGGGAUCCCUCUUCGAUAG